AUGCUGCACAACAUUGAAAAAACCCAAAAACAAACAGCUACCAGCUUUUGUUGUCCUUGUCAAGUCACCAUUCACCAACACGCACACACACACACACCCAUGGUCUCACUCUUCCUCACAUACACACAACAUAAGUGUUCAUUCGCAGGGAUUAACAUUAUCUGCAUAUAAAGCAACACAAUUUUAUGCUUUUUUUCUUAAGUCAUUAAAUUUGGGUGAAAUCAGUGCCCCCAGAAGCUGAGAGAGAGGGAGUGGAAUGCAGAGGCACAAGUGGAUUCCUUUGGUACUGCUGAGGAAGUUGCUCACUGUAGCCAUAUGUUCAAUAGCGUUUGUGGCUCUCUUCUCUGUUCAUGUACACGUUGUUGUCCCUUCCUCCAAGGAUCACAAGUUCAAUGACAAGAUCCUAACGCCUCAUGAUCUGCAAAGCUGGACGCGAGAGCUGGCUCCUCCCCAUUUAUCCAAAGCUCCACUUCCUACUCCCAAGUUGAAUGGUUCAAGAGGAGAUUCGGAUUACGAGAAGCUGUGGAAGCCUCCAUCAAAUCGUGGGUUUCUUCCCUGCACAAAGCCUACUCCUAAUUACACCACUCCUGCUGAGUCACAAGGAUAUCUUUUAGUUCAUACAAAUGGAGGGCUCAACCAAAUGCGUUCUGGGAUAUGUGAUAUGGUAGCUGUAGCUCGUAUCAUAAAUGCCACUCUUGUAAUUCCAGAACUUGAUAAAAGAUCAUUUUGGCAAGAUACUAGCAAUUUCUCUGAUAUUUUUGAUGAAGAGCAUUUUAUGAAUUCUCUUGCUAAUGAUGUGAAAAUCAUUAAGAAGCUUCCCAAAGAACUGGUUAAUGCAACCAGAAUAGUCAAGCAAUUCAUAAGCUGGUCUGGCAUGGAUUACUAUGCUAACGAGAUUGCCAGCUUGUGGGAAGAUUACCAAGUUAUUCGAGCUUCCAAAUCUGAUUCACGGUUAGCAAACAACAAUCUACCGCCAGACAUUCAAAAGCUUCGCUGCCGUGCUUGUUAUGAAGCUCUUCGCUUCUCUCCUCGCAUUGAACAAAUGGGAAAAUUGCUGGUGGAGAGGAUGAGGUCAUUUGGUCCUUAUAUUGCAUUGCAUUUACGUUAUGAGAAGGAUAUGCUUGCAUUUAGUGGGUGUACACAUAAUUUAUCUCCAGAUGAAGCUGAAGAGCUACGGAUGAUCAGGGAGAACACUUCCUAUUGGAAAAUAAAGGACAUUGAUCCCAGAGAGCAAAGGGCCAAGGGGUUUUGCCCCUUAACUCCAAAGGAAGUUGGAAUUUUCCUUACUGCUCUUGGAUACCCAUCAAAGACUCCAAUAUAUGUUGCUGCUGGUGAGAUAUAUGGGGGUGAGUACUACAUGGCUGAACUGCAUUCCCGUUACCCCUUGUUAAUGAGCAAGGAAAAGUUAGCAUCCAUUGAGGAGCUUGAUCCUUUUUUAAAUCAUGCAUCUCAAAUGGCUGCUCUUGACUAUAUUGUAUCUAUUGAAAGUGAUGUAUUUAUACCUUCUUAUUCCGGAAACAUGGCAAGGGCUGUUGAAGGUCAUCGCCGUUUUCUUGGACGUGGAAGAACAAUAUCUCCGGACAGGAAAGCCCUUGUUCGUCUGUUUGAUAAACUGGAUCAGGGAGCAAUGACUGAGGGGAAAAAACUAUCAAAUAGGAUUAUUGAUCUUCACAGAAGACGACUUGGCUCCCCAAGGAAGAGAAAAGGGCCAAUUUCUGGAACAAAGGGCAUGGAUAGGUUUCGCUCAGAAGAGGCCUUCUAUGCUAAUCCCUUACCUGAUUGUUUAUGCCGAACAGAACCACCACAUCUAAACGUCUCUCUCAUUGUUAGGUAGAUCAGAUACUGCAGAACUUUUUCCUUGGAAAGGUCCCUUGGUAAAAGGGUGACACGCGCUAUCAUUUACCAAAGUAUGAGCAUAAAAUCUGACGUGUAGCUAGAAGGUGUGGUGGCUGAGUGUAUAUAUCGGUAUAACUAUUUCAUGUGGCCUUUUAAUUUGGGAAGAAUAAAGGAAAAGAAAAAGAAAAGAAAACCUGCAUUCGGGGUUUUUUGAUAUACCAUCAUAGAUUGGGAUGAGAAUUUCUUGGCUUGGAGUGGAUUCAUUCAUUCUGUGAACUUGACUUAUUUAUAAAGAGAGGUAGAGGUUUCAGAUUUGACCAGGGAUUCAAUCACACGUUAUUGUAAUUCUUUUUGAGAAAUCUUACAUUGUACCACAUUUUGUUCUUAGUCCUUUGAGGACAACAAAAUGCAAAAUAUCUUUUUGUU